UUAAUAAAUUAUUUUUUAUAUAUAAUAAAUAGUUUAAAAAAAAAAAGGAAUUAAAUAAAACGAAAAAAAUAAAAUCAUUGUCUUUGUAAAAUUGUCAUUUGUCAAACCCUCUUUCGAAACGCCAUCGGAGAGGCAUUAGAGAGAGAAACAGAGCCUUCUUAGAAGGAGAGCUCCAAAUCUAAUUUUUGGCUAUUUCCCUUUUAAACCCACCAUGGAAGAUUUCAGAUCCAAAUCAUAUGGACAUGGAAGAAUGCAGAUAGAAAGCUAUUAUGGGAGUGGUGGACCCACUCCAUCUGGUAUCAGUGGUAUGCAAGAUCUCAGGUGUUACAGUGCGUCCUAUGCAUCCUCCGUGCACCCGACCCAAACCCAAACCCAAACCCAGAUUGGAAAUGAUUCGAAAUUGAAGAAAGGCAAAUCAACGAAUGGGUCUAUUUCAAAGAGUUGGAGCCUUGGUGAUCCAGAGCUGCAGAGGAAGAAGAGGGUUGCUAGCUAUAAAGUUUAUGCCAUGGAAGGCAAGGUCAAAGGGUCUCUGAGGAAGAGCUUCAGGUGGCUCAAGGAAAGGUGCUCUAGAGUCGUCUAUGGCUGGUAGUGAUUAUUAUAUCUUUUUGUCGGUAUAUCUGUUUCGUUGCUUUUUCUCUUUUUAUUGUUUUUUCCUUGUUUAAUUUAUGCACUGCCUCAUAUGUCUUUGAAUUUAGUAAUAUUGUGAACCGCCAAGUUUCAUUAUGUUUUAUAAAUAUUAUAUAUUGAUGAAUAAUUAAUGUAUAUUCUCUC